CGCCGGGCCCGCGCGGUCCAUCAUGCUCUGCGCUACUAGCUGCCUCUUAGCGGCCCAGACGGCGACCACGCUCCCUGCCCAGCCCAGAGGCCGGGACCCCUGGGCCCGCUGCCGGCGCAGGGAACUACAUUUCCCAGGGCACCCCGAGCUGAUUCUAGGUGACUUCUUGGCCGAGCGGCUCGCAAGACCGAGCGUGCUGGUGGGCCGGAGGGCAAUCCUGAGGAGGGGCAGGAUGCCACCAGUGGUGGGCGGAGGCCUGGCAGGGUCCGAGCUGCGUUCCCGGCGUUGUGGGCCCCAGACUGCUACGGUUGUGGGCCCCGACAAGACCGCGGACCCUGCAGCGCGGAGCCUCAAGCGGCCUGCUUGGGGCUCGCGACACUUCGAGGCGGCCGGCCGGUGGGCCCUGCUGGCCCUGGUGACGCUGCUGUCCUUCGCCACACGUUUUCACCGUCUGGACCAGCCGCCGCACGUCUGUUGGGAUGAAACUCACUUUGGAAAAAUGGGAAGUUAUUAUAUCAACCGGACGUUUUUCUUUGAUGUACACCCACCUCUGGGAAAGAUGCUGAUAGGUCUUGCUGGCUACCUGAGCGGGUAUGAUGGUACCUUUUUGUUCCAGAAGCCUGGGGACAAAUAUGAGCAUCACAACUACAUGGGAAUGAGAGGAUUCUGUGCUUUCCUCGGUUCCUUGCUGGUGCCCUUUGCCUACCUCACUGUAUGGGAGCUGUCCAAGUCCCUUCCAGCAGCACUGCUCACUGCUGCCCUCCUCACCUUUGACACAGGAUGCCUCACUCUGUCCCAGUACAUCCUCCUUGACCCCAUCUUGAUGUUCUUCAUCAUGGCUGCCAUGCUGAGCACGGUCAAGUACAACUCCUGUGCCAACAGGCCCUUCUCUGCCCCCUGGUGGUUCUGGCUCAGCCUGACUGGCAUUAAUCUGGCUGGUGCUUUAGGGGUCAAGUUUGUUGGCCUCUUUAUCAUCCUGCAAGUGGGGUGGAACACCAUUUCAGACCUUUGGCACCUGUUUGGAGACCUCAGUCUUUCAAUGGUGACCGUGGGAAAACACCUGGCUGCUCGCGUCCUGUGCCUCAUAGUGCUGCCCCUGACUCUCUACACAGCCACUUAUGCUGUUCACUUCACGGUGCUGAACAAAAGUGGUCCUGGUGAUGGCUUUUUCAGUUCUGCCUUCCAGUCCCGGCUUUCAGGCAACAACCUUCAUAAUGCUUCCAUUCCAGAACAUCUGGCCUAUGGCUCUGUGAUCACCGUGAAGAACCUGCGGAUGGCCAUCGGCUAUCUCCACUCCCACAGGCACCUCUACCCCGAGGGCAUCGGCGCCCGCCAGCAGCAGGUCACCACCUAUUUGCACAAGGACUACAACAACCUGUGGAUUAUCAAGAAACAUAAUACAAAUGCAGAUCCCCUAGACCCUUCCUUCCCAGUGGAGUUUGUAAGACAUGGAGACAUCAUUCGGCUAGAACACAAAGAGACUUCUCGGAACCUGCACAGUCACUAUCAUGAGGCCCCCCUGACCCGAAAGCACUAUCAGGUCACUGGCUAUGGCAUAAACGGAACAGGAGACUCCAAUGAUUUCUGGCGUAUUGAGGUUGUAAACAGAAAAUUUGGAAACCGAAUCAAAGUGCUGAGAAGUCGAAUUCGGCUCAUCCAUCUGGUCACAGGUUGUGUCCUGGGCUCCUCGGGAAAGGUCUUGCCCAAAUGGGGCUGGGAGCAACUGGAGGUUACCUGCACCCCAUACCUAAAGGAGACCCUCAACUCUAUCUGGAAUGUGGAGGACCAUAUCAAUCCCAAGCUGCCGAACAUCAGCCUGGAAGUGCUGCAGCCCAGUUUUCCUGAGGUCUUGCUGGAGUCCCACAUGGUGAUGAUCCGGGGGAACAGUGGUCUCAAACCCAAGGACAAUGAGUUCACAUCCAAACCCUGGCACUGGCCUAUCAACUACCAGGGCCUGCGCUUCUCAGGGAUCAAUGACACAGACUUCCGUGUGUAUCUGCUCGGCAACCCGGUGGUAUGGUGGCUGAAUCUGCUGAGCAUUGCCCUCUACCUCCUCUUGGGGAGCGCCAUUGCUAUAGCUGUGCAGAGAGGGGCUCGCCUGCCUGCGGAGGUGGAAGGGCUGUCCCAGGUGCUGCUGCGCGGAGGCGGUCAGCUGCUGCUCGGCUGGGCUCUCCACUACUUCCCCUUCUUCCUGAUGGGCCGGAUUCUCUACUUCCACCACUACUUCCCCGCCAUGCUCUUCUCCAGCAUGUUGACAGGCAUUCUGUGGGACACUCUCCUGCGGCUCUGGGCCUGGAGCCUGGCCUCCUCUUCGCUGGCCAGGGGCCUGUAUGUGGUGGGAAACCUGGGCCUGCUCCUGGGAACUGCCUACAGCUUCUACCUCUUCCACCCUCUGGCUUAUGGGAUGGUCGGUCCCCUAGCCCAGGAUCCCCAAAGUCCCAUGGCAGGACUAAGGUGGCUUGAAUCAUGGGACUUUUGAGGAGACUACUGCAAGGACUUCAGCCUGAGUCCAGGAACUUUCUGGGGACGGCCAUCUGUGCAGCCAGUCACUGGACCCUCCCAGCUGUGGGACAAGCUGCCUGAGGAGCCUGAGGAAUUCGGCUGCCUGCCAGGACCGAGGUUUGGGGGCACACCCGGAACCUAGCCCAACGCUGGGGAGAGCCGCGGCUCUGGCUGUGGAAGCCCCACCCCGGGGAGUGGCCCAGCAACAGAGGACACCACCUCUCCGGCCCGUUUCCCCACGUGUGCAGCAUAAGGAGGGAUGUGUGCGGGGUGUGCAGGUACAUGUGUCCAUAUGCCUGUGGAAUACAGACUGUGACUGUGGACAGCUGAGUGUCAUAAACUCUAAGAAAUAGUCCAGGGCUACAGUAGUAUUUUCUGAUAUUUUCUUUCACACUGGAUUUGGUUUGAAAGUAAGAGCAGUCAUAAGUUCUCUGCCCCCCAAGAAGGCUGAGCUCCCCAGCCCCACUUUGAAAUGCCAGCAAGGGCAGAGCAGAUGGGGCCAGUCAAGCGGUGCCGCCCUCCUCCCAGCAAACCGCAGAGCACCUCUGAGCUGCAGGGCCGGCCUCCCAGCUGCCUCCCCAGGGUGGGGGGCGGGGGGGCAGCUGCUGGGAAGUCUCCAUGGUGGCAGUAGGUGGCUGCACAGAGGACUGGGCUCCAGAGCAAGGCAGCUGAGAGGUCCCCGGCCCUGGACUCCUCGCUCUCAGAAUAUCCCACUUUUGCCAGUGGGAGGAGUGGUGUCCCAUCCUUGGCUGCCCUGUGUUUCGAGGGCCUGCUUGCCACGGUUGCUUGCCACCCGUCCUUUUCCCUCUGCACCCAGCCUGGCUGCGAGGGUGGCACAGACGCACUCUCCUGAUGGCUGGGACAACCUCUGGGGCCCCUUUCUUAGCAGCCGAGGCCGGAGGGCAGGAAGAUGGGGAUCUGUGGUGCCGCGCUGGGGUCCCCAUGGGCUGUGUGGCCCGUCCGGUUGAUGUUCUCGUCACUCAUGGGUGUUCCUUACUUUUACUUCUCCACGCUUCCCCUGCUGACACCCCAUUUCUAUUUUAUUCCCCUUUCUCUGUGCCACUUUCACGAAUUGCUUUCCCCAAAGACCCAGAGCACCGAGAAAUGCAGCAAAGCUUCUACUCUCUGCUCACUUUAAAGCCGAAGCAGGAAGCUCAGAGCUCUUCCUUUCACUUCCUCCCUAAAUAGAAGAGAUUAAGAAAACCCUUGGGUGAGACCCGAACCAGCCCGGGGCCAGCUCCUCAGCCUGCCUCCCCCUCCGCUGGUGCCUGACAGACUGUCUUGUCUCAGAGGACGUGAUGUUUCCAGGUUUAAUGAUGAGGCUCUGCCACACUUCAUCUUCCCUCCUCCGUGGCCCCCACCACUCUGACAGGGUCAGAGCUCUUUAGAGCAUCUCUGGGAGGCGGUUGCCACGGAGACUGGAAAUUGGUCCCAGGGACAGGCUGUGCUACCUACUGGGCGGUGGGGAGGGAAGCUUCUGGCCAUCCGUAGCCUUUUGGACCAGCCAUCAUUAAUGUUAAUAGAGGAAAUGCAGCAAUGUCAAAAGCAAGGCAGUUUUGUUAAUUAGAUCUGGGGUGUGAUGACCUCCUUCUCGCGGGGCUGCAGCCCUUUUGACUUCCCCUGGCAGGAAGUGCUGCGUGUGUGCUAAGCCUGGGCUGUGUGCUUAAUUGUAUUUCUGGAAGGAAAGAACAGGGAUGGAGAACCUCUGCUCACCCUUUCCACUGCACCACUGUCUCUCCGUCCCCAAGGCACAGUUGGCUGCUUCCUAGCUGGGUGGGGACAGCCAUCUGGGUGGGCUCUCCUGGCAAGACAGGGACAGUGCAGGGAUCAGUGCGCGCCCCUCAGCAAAGAGCACUGGCCCGAGGAGAGCUGGGAAGUGGCUGCUGUCCCUGUGCGCCUUCUUUCCUAACAGGGACUUGUUGGAAGGGAGGAAGCCCGAAGGAGCCGAGAGGCGGCCACGCUGAGGGCUGUGAGGAAGGAGAAAGCCCAGCCAGCUUCCUGCCUGGGGCUUCCUCCUAAUUUGGCCACAGUGGGGACGAAGCGCUCCUCUGUCUCUUCCACUGUGUUCCGAGGAAGAGAGAAUUGCUUGCUCAGUGCCCCCUCUUCCUCUUAGCCCAGAUGAGCAGACCCUUCUAUGGGGACAGGGCCGUAUGGGUGGCGCAGCUGCAGGCACUCAGGCUCUGUUGUUGGAAGACGCAGGGGAGGGGGCUGUCAGGGUGGCGCUCUGGGGACGGGCUCCAGUGCCCAGGAGUCGGCUGAAAUGCGAUCUGCCCCCCGGAUUUGCUGGUGGGGGAAGAGCGUGUUUGUUAGCUGCUCCUCCAGCCAGCUUCUUGAGCCACAAUUUUAUAUAUAAAAAAAGUUUCCACAGAUAAUCAGAGGCCAUUUACUUUUGUAAUAAAUAGCUCUUAUUUUGAAAGCCA